GAAGGUCUUGAACUUUCCACUCACUCACGACAUCUCGCAAACACCCCCACCAAGCGAACCAUCACCGACUGCCACGAUGCAACCGACCACCUCAUUCCUCGCGCGCUCCACAACCGGAAUUCGUCGGCUCAGGCUGACGACGAAGAUGGUCAACGGCGGAUACUACAAGGGUACCGGAUCCGGGAAGAUGGGUUCGCACACAAAGUACGGAGGCUUCAAGAUCGACUGGGAGAAAGUUCGCACGUACAAGUGUCCCGAUUUGUCCGGGUUUGAGUUGACGCCCUUUGUCACCAUGAAGAUGAAGCCUACACGAGGACGGUACGGAACCGACCAGCACCCGAUUAACGGUUCCGUAUUCCUGUCGAAGUGGAAAGCCGAGAAUGGCGAGAGUUAAAUUGGCGGUUGGGCGUGAAUGCUGAGACGGGAAUUGGCACGCCCAUCGGGGGAUGCUGGAUGUACCACAUUGUAAAACAAAUAUCA